AACGUCUCCUUGCAGCAAUGCCGUAGCACCAUGACAUCUUCGGCGUCUUUCAGCGGUGUGAACUCGGGUCUCCAAGUGGGAAAUAAUUUUGGGCCGAUAACGGCCGACCUUCAUCUUCCACAGCCACCGGAACCGAUACCAAGCCCUUUGUCCACCGUUCCGUUUCCUCGAGAUCCAGAUUUUCUUGAUCGCGGGACGGUGUUUGAUGAUAUACGCGAUAUAAGCUCGUCUCCUGCCUCACGACUGGCCUUGGUAGGCAUAGGAGGUGUUGGAAAGUCUCAACUUGCAAUCGAGUACUGCUACCGCUUUCGCGAUGAAUCGCCAGAAAGAUGGGCAUUCUGGAUCCAUGCAAGUAAUGCCGCCCGGUUUGAACAGGGUUGUCAGUCAAUCGCCGAGCGAGUCAAAAUUCCCGGUCGUGAUACUCCCAAGUCCAGCUCAUUGAAGCUUCUAAGUGAUUGGCUGUGCGAUGAAAAGAGGGAGAAAUGGUUGCUCAUUCUUGACAAUGUGGACGACGAUGAAUUUCUCCAUAAUUGUACCCAGAGCAACCAGCCACUUCUAGCCCAGCUUCCGAUGAGUGCAAAUGGUACGAUUAUCAUCACAAGCAGGAGCAGAGAGGUGGCAUCAAGACUCGUCGAAGAUCGGAAUAUCAUUGACAUCAAACCGAUGACCGAGAAAGACGCAGUGAAUCUCUUUGAGAAGAAGCUGGCAAUGAAGGCUGAAAAGGAAGCUGUCAUUGAGCUUACCACGGCGCUGGAUUCGAUACCAUUGGCUAUUGUGCAAGCAGCAGCAUAUAUCAAGCAAAGGGCCCCACGGUGCUCUGUUCAGCAGUACCUCGAGCAAUUCCGUAAAGGGGACCGCAAGAGAACGAGACUUCUGGAAAAAGAAGGGGGACACCUUCGACGAGACUGGGAAGCUAAAAACUCAGUCAUGGUUACUUGGCACAUGACAUUUGAUCAUCUCCAACAGACCAGGAGAUCUGCAGCAGAUCUGCUUUCUCUAAUGAGUUUCUUCGAUCGACAAGGGAUUCCCGAGUGUUGUCUUCGACACAGAACCAUGACAGGAGAUGAAGACAAUAAUAAUCCGAGUCAAGAGAUGACUGAUAGUGUGUCCUUGGCAUCAAGUAUCGACGAUGACGAAUUUGAAGAGGAUAUCCAAAAACUACGGAGCUUCUCCUUAAUUUCCACUACUUCAGACCCGGCCACCUUUGAGAUGCAUCGGCUUGUGCAACUUGCCACCAGAAACUGGCUUGAGUCUCACGGUCAAUUCAACGAGUGGAGAAAAUUGUUCAUCAGAAACCUCUCGAUUGGAUUUCCAGCAGAACAUUUCGAACAUGAGGACUGGAGUAAAUGCCAGUUGCUGUACCCUCAUGUCCAACUGACAAUGACCCAAUACCCGGAAUUGGAUGACUGCCUGGAUAACUUGUCGAUCUUGCAGCUCAAUGCGGGUACAUUUGCGGUGCUUAAUAAAAACGUGGCCGAGGCCCAGAAUUUAUUGAUCGCAGCAUGCAAAUCUAACCUAAAACUAUUCAGCUCAGUACACCCAAGGACACUAAGCAGCGCGGACCGUUUGGGUGCCUUUUACCUCUUUUCCGGACAAGUGGCGAUUGCAGAGAAAUUAUUGACCCCGACGGUGAAGAUCCAUCGCAGGCUAUUAGGCGAUGACCAUCCUGCUACCUUGCUUAGUAUGAGCACACUGGGAUCACUAUACCUGGCACAAAAUCGAUGGCAGGAUGCAGAAGCACUGUACCAACAAGUUGUCACGGUCCAACGAAAAUCGUUGGAUUGUGGGAACUUCACUGCUCUAUCUGGUGCGAUUAAUCUGGCAAAGUUGUAUCGACAACGGGGCCGAUUGAAAUAUGCAGAGGAGCUACUCGAACCAUUGGUGGGCACUCUGGAGACUGCCUUGGGCGCUGAGCAUCCUGAAACUCUAGCAAGCAUGAGCGGCUUGGCAUCAGUAUACCGGGACCAAGGCAGAUAUCACGACGCCGAAGUGCUAUAUACGCAAGUCAUCAAUACCGGUAGCAAGGUAUUUGGCACCGACCACCCGGAAAUCCUUUCAGCCAUGAUUGAGCUAGCAAUAUCGUACGAGGAGCAAGGUUCAUGGUCAAAGGCCGAAAUGAUAGUCCUCAAGGUUAUAGAUACUUGCAAGAAGACGCUCGGUGAUAAUCACUACUAUACUAUGUUUAUAAUGACCGGUUUAGCCCACAUGUACAAGGACCGGGGCCGGCUGCAAGAGGCAGAGUCUUUGUUUUCUCACCUUUUCAAUUUUCACCAAAGCGUACAUGGAGCUACAGAUCCUCGGACGUUAACCGUGAUGCAUAGUCUUGCCGUGACAUGGAGCGUUAUAGGUCGAGAUGCAGAUGCUCAAAGGUUGAUGGCGGAAUGCGUGGAGAAGCGGACGCGAGUUCUUGGUCCGGAUCACCCCGACACUAAGAAAAGCACUCUAGCCCUCGUGACAGGUCGAAUGAUCGAUCUAGAUAUAAAUUGAAUCAGCCAAGUUGAUACUAUCCGACAUUGUGAACCACAGAGUCGGGGUGUAACCGAAAACAGAGGCCUUUUAAGUCUCAUUGCACUCAAUAUAGUAGACCGCUACCAUCAUGGAUCGUCUUCCUCCACUUACAGUUUAUUUUGCUCCUUGAAUUCACCAUUAGCUCCCAUUCCAUUCGAUAAGAAUGCCG